GGUUUUCGUAUUUUGCCAUAUAGUUAAAAGCAUUUUCCUCUUUACAUGUGCUUUCCUUUUUGUAUUAUAGAUAUUCAGUUGCGAAUACUAAAACUGCGUUUUUUAUCCAUUACCUAUGUAUUUCUUUUAUUAAGAACUUGUGUAAUCUAAAUUUAGUGAUUUAAAAUGGAAAAAACUGCAAAUAAUUAUUCUAAAGUACCGACUAAGGAGCUUUUAAAAGAUCCAGAUGCAGAAGUUCCACCGCACUAUGGUUUCGGCGUGAGACACAUCCAACUUAUCAUUUUCACUAUUUGUCUCAGUAGUAACUUUUUAGCUAGAGGUCAUCUAGGGGUCUCCAUAGUUGCUAUGACACAUGCCCAUGAAAUUAAGGAGACACACAUAGCUAAUUUAAGUGACGUUGUAGAAGGACUUAGUGAAAACUUUGUUUUGGGAAAUGUUAGUGAAAAUAUAAAUGAAUCGGAUAUAAAAAGUAUUGGAGCAAAUUAUUCCGAAAUCAAAUUUGAUGUUAAUGAUACUAAGGAAUGGAAUGUUUAUAGGACCUAUAACUGGUCAAAACCAAUCCAGGAGAUGAUCUUGGGAUCCUUUUUCCUGGGCUAUUGCAUCAUGAUGUUCCCGAUGGGAAUGGUGUGUCAGCGCUGGGGAGGGAAGCUUCCAUUUCAAAUAGCCUUGUUUGCCAACGGAAUUGUGUCAUUUGCAACGCCAUGGCUGGCUAUGUGGGGUGGAUGGAAGGCUGUAUGCUGUUGCCGAAUUAUUCAAGGCCUGUCUCAAGCUGGUACAUAUCCCAGUGUACAGAUGUUACUUGCUAACUGGGUGUCUAGGAGCGAACGGGCGACUUUGAGCAGUUAUUUGUAUACGGGUACGACUAUAGGAAAUAUUAUAGCCUUUCAAAUAGGAGGCAUCCUAGCUGAAAGUAGGUGGGGCUGGCCUUCCACCUUCUGGACAGUUGGAGCCGCGUCGUUUGCAUCUUUCGCUCUACUCACUGUGUUCGGUGCCGCUACUCCUAAGCAGCAUAAAUCCAUCACUGAGGAAGAGAAGAAUUUUAUUUUGGGAAGAUUUUGCGAUGGACCUGUAAAGAAACCAAGAGUUCCAUGGAAAGCUUUGCUCACAUCGAGGCCUAUAUGGGCAUCAUUUGCGACCCACGUGGGUAGCGGGGUCGCUUAUGUGUUCUUCUUCACACAAGUGCCUUCAUAUAUCCAUUAUAUCCUGGGCAUCAACGUUAAAAGCAGUGGUCUUUUGUCUUCUCUACCGUACGUAGCGAGUUUCUUUACGAGCGUUGGUUUUGGAAUAACAUCAGAUUACUGCACGAAUAGAAAUUUAAUCAGCGUGAAAAAUGCAAGAAGAAUCAACAACUCAAUUUCUCAAGUCGGCGUAGCUAUAUCGCUGAUCCUGGCAUCCUUUGCGACCAACACCGUGGUGGCCAUCGCAUGUCUCGUGGUCGCGAUGUCUUGUCACAUGGCGAUUCACACUGGAUGGAUGGUGAACCACAUCGACCUGGCUCCGAACUUCACCGGCACCAUCAUGUCAGUCGGGAACACUAUCAUGAACAUCUUCGUGCUGCUAAUCCCCGUGUUCGUCUCGCACAUAGUCACUGACGUGAGAAACCCACACCAAUGGCGCGUGAUGUUUGGAAUAGUUGGCGCACUAGCAAUAGCCUGCAACACUGUCUUUGUGAUAUUUUUAAGCACUGAAAGACAACCGUGGAGUUGUGAAAAUUACGAUGCGGUAAACCAAAAAGAAUGUGAAGAAAAGGACGAAAAAAGUGGCAAAUAAAAUAAUUAAGUAUAUAUUCAAUUUUGUAGUAAUAAUAAUAAAGUAUAAAUAAGCAUA